CGCCCCGAACCGCUGCGUGCCAUGAACCACGGUAACGGUAACGGAGAUGUGGGCUGCAGGGAGCAGCAUUGUCACAGUCCAAAGCCAGGGGCCCUAGCUCCUGGUGUCUGCGUUCAUCCUGCGAUUGAGUUGAAAUGGGGAUGGCGAUGACGGCUCCAAGACCCUUACCAGAUGUGCGCGCCUAUACAGCGGUCAUUCGAGGUGGACAAUGGCCAGUGGCAGUGUCGCUAUUGGAAGCUUUGAAGACGGAACAGUUGGAAGCCGAUCUGAUCGUGUACAAUGCAGUCAUGAGCGCGUGUUCACGAGCAUCUGCCUGGAAGCCUGCGCUGGCACUCUUGGAGUCGUUGGACAUGGAAAGCCUUCAGAGCGAUUUGAUCACUUACAGCGUUUGCAUUUCAGCCUGUUCCAAAGCUGAUGAGUGGCGAAACGCCCUGCAGUUGCUCGAAGGACUGGAAGAUACGGACCAGCAAACAGACCUAUGGAUCUACAGUGCGGCGAUCAACGCUUGCGGAAGGGGUGAGCAGUGGCAGCAGUCUGUAGCACUGUUAUCAAAGAUGCAGCAAGAUCAGCUAGAAGCAGACAUCAUAGCAUACAGCACAGUGAUUAGCAGCUGCGCCAAGUCUGGACAGUGGGAGCAAGCUUUGAUGUUUUUGGGAGCAAUGCGAAGACAAGAACUGCAGGGCGACGUGGUGACGCAGAACUCGAUCUUGAAUGCCCUUGCACAGGUCCAGCGAUGGGAACGUGCCAUGGACUUUCUGGAAGCUUCUGGAUGUGACCAGGUGGAUGGCUUUGCCAAAAGCGCCUUGAUCAAGGGUGCCACAGCUGGUGCAACGCCUGGCAACUGGCAAAUAGCCUUGGCACUUCACCAGCCAUCCAUGACUGGGAGAGCUGGUGUCCUGGGCAGCUUCAAUGCCCUGCUGGCCUCGAGCUCUGGCGACAUCUGGCAUCGGGGCUUAGAGGUGCUGAGGAUGUUGAGGUUGAACUCUCUGGAGGCUGAUGAAGUCACAGGCAACACCAUGGUGACAACUUGUGUUCGUUGGCAAGAUGCCUUCAGAUGUCUCUUCGGACUUUCAUGGCUGAAGCACAACGUCAAGGGCUACACGAGCGCCCUGGAGCAGUGCGCCACAGCGGAAGAGGAUGAAGUGCAGCCUUGGCAGUGGGCGGUGCAGCUGAUUGGUGUAUUGAACGAACGACAGGUACAGGCUGAUGUUGGCUUCUGGACUGUGGCCAGCAGCCGCUUGGGCCGCAGAUGUUGGCAGCAGAUGCUGGAUGUGUUGGAGACCGAGUCGCUGCCCAACUUGGCUCGCGAAAGUCCCUGGCAGGUGUCCUUGCGACUGUUGGAUCAGGACUUCUCCGCUGGAAGUCCAUUUCACUUGGCCAGCCACAAUGGUGCCAUGACUGCCUGCGUGGAAGCUGAAGAAUGGCAAGUGGCGCUGGAGCUCUUCCGGACUUUGGAGGAGGAGCAGCUUCCAGACUUGUGGAGUUACAGUGCAGCCCUCACUGCAUGCAAAAGGGCUUUGCAAUGGCAGCAGUCGGAAGACCUGAUGUCGAGGAUCAUCAACCAGCAGCUGGAAGUGGAUCUGGUGACCUACAGCGCAGCUUUGAGUUGCUGUGCCGAAAGCAGGCGUUGGGAGGUGGCCUUGCAGUACUUUGACCAGAUGCAGAAGUCCCGCUUGCAAGCAGAUGCUACUAGCUACGACUCUCUGAUGAGUGCACUAGUGACUAGUAGUGAAGGGCCAAUGAAGAGUUGAGAGGCUAUCGGCCUCAGACCUCGCAGUGCACGCAGCUGUGCAGUUGCGAGAGAAAGUGCGUGGAGC